AUGCGGUUGUUAUUCGCAACUUUACUUUGGGCCGUCGGUGGAGCCCUCGCUGAGGACGGCUCCCAGGGCUGGCUACGAUAUGCUCGGAUCCCAAAUGGAGCAUCCGCACAAUCGGUACCAUCGACAAUCAUCGCACUGAACAGCACACGAAUCAGCCCUGUAUAUACAGCCGGUCAAGAACUUCAAAGAGGUGUACUAGGCACCACCAGCAAACAACUCAAAGUGAGCACGACCGCCAGCCAGGAUCAGUCAGCCAUCAUCGUCGGAACUACCGAAGCUUACAGCAAGGCAUACGGAAAAAUUGGCGAAUCUGAAGAUUUGGAAGAUGAUGGAUUUUACCUCAGUAUAAGCCCGGGAAAAGUCAUCAUCGUCGGCCAGAACGAGCGUGGUGCUUUGUACGGCGCAUUCGAAUACCUCUCACAGCUUGCACAGAAUAAAAUUGCAUUCGGAUCCAAAGUGUACAACCCUCAAGCGCCGAUUCGAUGGGUUAACGAAUGGGACAAUCUUGAUGGCAGUAUUGAGCGGGGCUAUGCUGGCCCAUCAAUCUUCUUCCGGAACGGUUAUGUAGUCGACAACACUACUCGCAUCGCUGAAUACGCUCGACUACUGGCGUCCAUUCGCGUAAACGGCGCCAUUAUCAACAACGUCAACGCAGAUGCUGCUCUACUCAACGAUCGCAACGUAGCCGGUCUCGGCAGAAUUGCAGAUGCUAUGAGGCCAUAUGGAGUGCAGAUUGGCAUUUCACUCAAUUUUGCAUCUCCUCAGCAAUCCCUGGGCACUUUCGACCCACUAGACCCCAGGGUUGAUGCCUGGUGGACGAACAUCACUAAUCAGAUCUAUUCAAAGGUCCCAGACAUGGCAGGUUACUUGGUCAAAGCGAACAGCGAGGGCCAGCCGGGACCCCUGACGUACAACCGCACUCUGACAGACGGAGCGAACAUGUUUGCAAGGGCCUUGAAGCCUCAUGGUGGAGUAGUCAUGUUUCGCGCUUUUGUAUACGACCACAAUCUCAACCCGGCAAAUUGGUACGCGGACCGGGCAAAUGCACAACUCGAGUUCUUCCAACAUCUCGACGGAAAGUUCGACGAGAAUGUCGUCGUGCAGAUCAAAUUCGGUCCUAUCGACUUCCAAGUCCGCGAGCCGCCAUCCCCAUUGUUUGCAUCACUACGCCACACCAGCACAGCCAUUGAGCUCCAGAUCACACCCGAGUACCUGGGCCAAAACUGCCACCUGGUAUAUCUUGCACCGCAAUGGAAGGAAAUUUUAGACUUCGACAUGAGGGCCGACAACACCGAAUCAAGAGUCAAGGACAUUGUCAAUGGAAAGCGUUUCAAACGACCAAUAGGUGGAUAUGCUGGCGUCUCUGGCGUCGGUUCCAACACGACAUGGCUGGGAAGCCAUCUUGCCAUGUCGAAUUUGUAUGCCUUUGGACGGCUAGCCUGGGAUGCGUCUAGUGGCUCGGAGACGAUUCUCCAAGACUGGAUUCGACUGACAUUUGGGUUCGACCAAGACGUUCUCAACACCAUCACGGACAUGUCGAUGAAGUCGUGGCCUGCAUAUGAGAACUACAGUGGCAACCUGGGUAUUCAGACGCUGACGGACAUUCUCUACACCCACUACGGGCCCAAUCCAGCUUCUCAAGAUGGCAACGGCUGGGGUCAAUGGACGCGCGCUGACGGCUUGGGCAUUGGCAUGGACCGCACGGUACGAAAUGGUACUAAGAAUGCCGGACAGUACCCGCCCGAGAUUGCACGGAUAUGGGAAAAUAUUGAGCUGACUCCGGAUAAUCUUUUGCUUUGGUUCCACCAUGUGCCAUAUACACAUCGGUUAAAGUCCAACAAGACGGUUAUUCAGCACUUCUACGAUGCGCAUUAUGAGGGAGCGCAGACGGCGCAGGAGUUUGUCCGCCAAUGGGAGUCGCUGGAGGGUAAGAUUGACAAAGAGCGAUUUGAGCAAGUCCUGUUCAGACAGACGUAUCAAGCUGGACAUGCGCUCGUGUGGCGCGACGCCAUCAACCAAUUUUACUUCAACCUGUCGCGGAUACCAGACGAGGCCAAGCGAGUGGGCAACCACCCGUACCGGAUUGAGGCGGAGAGCAUGACGCUGCAGAACUACAAGCCGAUCGCAGUGAAGCCAUUUGAGACGGCGUCUGGAUUCAAAGGCAUUGUAACGACGUCGAGUGGAGCGACUGGUGUAGCGAAGGCCAAGGUGGCAUUCGCGAGCGGGAGGUACAAUGUGGCAGUUAACUACUGGGACGUGAUUGGUGGCAGGGCGAAGUAUCAGCUCAGUCUGGGGAACCGGACCGUAGGAUUGUGGGCAGGCGACCUGGAGGACAAGCUGGGCCACGAGCCAUCUGCGUAUCUCGAUGGGCAUUCAGCGACGAGGAUCACGUUCCGGAACGUGUGGGUGGAGCGGGGAGAGGAAGUGCGCAUCAGUGGACAGGCCAACGGAGCCGAGGCAGCGCCCGUCGACUAUGUUUCCUUUUUGCCAUCGGGGAUUGUUGACUGA